CCUGCUAUGGAAUGUGAUGAGAAGCUGGUCCGGUUCCGACAGGCCCACCUCAACCCCUUCAACAAGCAGCCGGGGCAAGGCCAGCAUGACCAGGAGGCUGGGGACGACCUUUCUUGUCGAGACUCGCUGCUGGGGCUGUCCCACGGGGACCCCGGGUUCCAGUGCUCGGAGCGCGUGAUGGACUUGGGGCUGGCGGAGGACCACUUCUCCCGCCCUGUGGGCUUGUUCCUGGCCUCCGACAUCCAGCAGCUGCGGCAGGCGAUCGAGGAGUGCAAGCAGGUGAUCCUGGAGCUCCCUGAGCACUCGGAGAGGCAGAAAGACGCUGUGGUGAGGCUCAUCCACCUGCGCCUGAAACUCCAGGAGCUGAAGGACCCCAGCGAAGACGAGCCCAACAUCCGGGUGCUCCUGGAACAUCGCUUCUACAAGGAGAAGAGUAAGAGCGUCAAGCAGACGUGUGACAAGUGCAACGCCAUCAUCUGGGGCCUGAUUCAGACCUGGUACACCUGCACAGGGUGUUACUAUCGCUGUCACAGCAAGUGCCUGAACCUCAUCACGAAGCCCUGCGUGAGGUCCAAGGUCAGCCACCAGGCCGAGUACGAGCUGAGCAUCUGCCCCGAGACAGGCCUGGACAGCCAGGAUUACCGCUGUGCGGAGUGCCGGGCGCCCAUCUCCCUCCGGGGUGUGCCCAGCGAGGCCAGGCAGUGCGACUACACCGGCCUGUACUACUGCGGAAACUGCCACUGGAACGACCUGGCCAUCAUCCCGGCCCGCGUCAUCCACAACUGGGACUUCGAACCCCGCAAGGUCUCCCGCUGCAGCAUGCGUUACCUUGCCCUGAUGGUGUCGCGGCCGGUGCUCAAGCUGCGGGAAAUCAACCCCCUUCUCUUUAACUACGUGGAGGAGCUGGUGGAGAUCCGGAAGCUGCGCCAGGAUAUCCUGCUCAUGAAGCCCUACUUCAUCACCUGCAAAGAGGCCAUGGAGGCUCGUCUGCUGCUUCAGCUACAGGACCGGCAGCACUUCGUGGAGAACGACGAGAUGUACUCACUGCAGGACCUGGUCGACAUCCAGGCUGGGCGCCUCAGCUGCUCCUUAACGGAGAUCCACACCCUCUUUGCCAAGCACAUCAAGCUGGACUGCGAGCGGUGCCAGGCGAAGGGCUUUGUGUGUGAGCUCUGCAAAGAAGGGGACGUGCUCUUCCCAUUCGACAGCCACACGUCGGUGUGCACGGACUGCUCUGCUGUCUUCCACAGGGACUGCUACUAUGACAACUCAACGACGUGCCCCAGGUGUGCCCGGCUCAGCCUGAGGAAGCAGUCGCUCUUCCGAGGCCCCAGUGCGGAGGAGCAGGCCUAGGGUCCCCCAGUGCCCCCCCGACCUUGGCACCAAAGAACAUUGGAGAGAACUGGGCGUUCCAGAGGGGCGCAGCUGCAGCGCUGGGGCUGCAAGAUCUGAACUAGCCGCCACCGGGGGCGGACCCCGGGCCAGGGAGCGAGAUGUCGCACAGGCCCGAAGGAGUGCUUUGCCCUGGGACUCUGGGACCAGCCCAGCACGUUGCCUGUUGCUGGGAGGCAGCUCAGCAGGUUCUGAACCCAGCUAUGAGAACUCCUGUGCUGGGGGGUGUGUGUAAUGGGGUGGCAGGAGUUGCUGGGGGGCUCUCGCUGUCCCAGCCGGC